AUGUUUUCAAAUAAUAAUACAUUUAAUGAAAAUGGUACAACAAAUGAUAGAGUUGAACAAUUUUCAAAACAAUUAUUUGGAGGUUUAGUUCAAGCAGCUAAAUUAUCAAAUAAUUUACCAUCAGAAGAGGAUUAUUCAUAUUAUGAAACAUUCCCAGAAUUUAAAUUAAAAAUGAAUUCAUUAGGAAAGAGAUUAUUAAAUUUAGCUCAAAAUUUUGUACAAUCUGAAAAUCCAAAAUCAGAUUUAUCAUUAACUGAUACAAAUGAUGUAGAUGAUUUAUCCGAUCGUUUUAGUGGUAUUGUUGAUAUCGUUGAUGGAAUGAUUGAUAAAGUUGAUAAAACAAUUGAUCCAAAAUAUAAUCAAAAUCAAACCAAUAUUUUUAUAUCAUCAACUAUUCAACCAGGAAAUAGUAAAAAAGCAGGAAAUGAAAUAAAUAUGUUUUAUGGUAAUAAUAUAGUUAGACCACAACAUAAAUUUGAAGAUCCAUUUGAUAAUAAUAAUUUCCCAUUUUUACCAAAAAUUAGAUCAAAACCAAAUGCAAUGGUUGAAUUAGAUGAAGUAUUUAAAAAAUCAAUACCAAAAGAAAUUUCAUUUGGUAAAAUUAUUAGAAGUAAAGAACAAGAGGGUAUAAUAUUUCCACAUCCAUAUGAAUAUGAAAUUAAUAAUUUUAAAUAUACAGAACAACAAACUCAACAAUGUAAAGAGAUUUUAGCAAGAGGAUUAGAUGAGACACCAUUUACAUGGGUUGAAACUGUUAGACAAUUGGAGGAAUUGGUUGAAAAGUUAAUUCAUUGUCAAGAGAUUGCCAUCGAUUUGGAGCAUCAUAGUUAUAGAACUUAUCAAGGGUUCACAUGUUUAAUGCAAAUUUCAACACGUUCAGAGGAUUUCUUAAUUGAUACCCUGCUAUUAAGAUCUCACAUUCACAUGUUGAAUCAGGUUUUCACAAAUCCAUCGAUUGUCAAGGUUUUACAUGGUAGUGAUAGCGAUAUAAAAUGGUUGCAAAGGGAUUUCGGUGUGUACAUUGUAAAUAUGUUUGACACUGGUCAAGCCUCAAGAAUACUUGAAUACCCUUCCGCUUCACUAGCUUUCCUCUUAAAGUUUUAUUGUGCAAUCGAUGCAAAUAAAAAAUACCAAUUAGCAGAUUGGAGAAUUAGAAAAUUACCUGAAGAAAUGAUUAAAUACGCUCGUGAAGAUACUCAUUACUUAUUAUAUAUUUAUGAUCGUUUACGUAAUGAAUUAAUUUCAAAAGGUAAUAAAAAUUUAGGUAGUAGUGGUACCAGUACCAACACCAGUACCAGUACCACCACCCAAUUAAAUAAUCAUUUAUUAUUGGAAGUUUUAAGACGUUCAAGAGAAUUAUCAUUACUUCGUUAUGAAAAGGAUAUUUUGGAUGAUAAUAGCCAUAUUAAUUUCGCAAAGAAAUUGAAUUUACAAUAUAGUCCAACUCAAUUGAAUGUAUUGAAAGUACUCUAUCAUUGGAGAGAAGGUUUAGCACGUGAUGAAGAUGAAAGUGUUCGUUAUAUCUUACCAAAUCAAAUGAUGUUAACAAUCGUUGAAAGACAACCAACUUCAGUACAAGAAUUAUUAACUCUUUGUUCACCAAUUCCACCAUCAAUUAAACAACAUUCUCAUCAAUUAAUUCAAGAGAUUUUAAAAGCUAGAAUUGAAGAUCCUUCAAAACAACCAUCUUUUAUUCCACAAUUACAUAGUCUUUUAAAUAAUCAAUCAAAUGUUUUUUAUACUCAAAAACAACAACAAAUUCAACAACAACAAAUUCAACAACAACAACAAGUUACAGCAGCAACAGUACCACAAGCAACAACUAUAAAACCAAUUAUACAACCACCACCACCACAACAACAACAACUACAACAACCACAACAACAACAACCAAUUAAAACAGAAAGAUCAUUAUCACCAGUACCAAAUAUUAAAAAUCAUAAUUCAAAUAGUCCAGUUUUAACAACAGAUCAAUUAUAUAAAACAGCAAAAUGGUUAUCAAGUGAUGUUGAUAAUGCAACGGGUAAUGGUAAUUUUGGACAAUCAGCAACGACUCAUGUUGCAAUGGUUAAUAAUUUACAACCAGCUUUUCAAUCGUUAACUUCAAUUGGUAAGAAAUCAACUUGUGUUUCAAGUGUAAAUCAAAGUAAUCACUCAAGUACUUCAAUCUCUACCAAUAGUUUAUUCGAUAUUUCAAGUAGUGGUGAUGAUGAAAAUCAUCCAGAUAGAAAGAGAUCCAAAAGAAUAGCUUCAAUGGUUGCUUCUUCUUUUGAACAAUCAACUUAUGCUCCAGUUUUUAAACCAACUCAACAAUUGAAAUCAAUUGAUCAACAACAACAACAAAGUGAUAAUAAUAAUAAUAAUAAUAAUAAUAAUAAUGGCGAUGGUGAUAAUAAUCAAGAUAGUGAAAUUACAGGUGGUGUAAGUGGAAAUGAUGAUAAUGAUGAAAUGGAUUAUGAUGAUGAUGAUAAAUCUUCAAAAUCUUCAAAAUCUUCAAGAAGAUCAGGUAAUACAGGUGGUGGAGGAGGUGGAACAGGGGCUUCAAAUGGUGAUGAGGAAAGUGAUGACGACGACGACGAUGAUGAUGAUGACGAAGAAGAUGACGAUGAUGAAAGUACCAAUAAUAAUAAUAAUAAAGAUGAUGACGAAGAUGAUGAGGAGGAUGAAGAUAUUGAUGAUGAAAGUGAUGACGAAAAAGAUUCUAAACAUUCAAAUGAUUCAACAUCAACUUCUAAUUCAACAACUACAACCACCACGACCACCACUGCAAAUACAAGUAGUUCAAAUUUAAAUAAUAAUCAAGUUCCAAAGAGUAUGCAAGAAAUUUAUCAAUUAUCAAAUAUGAAUAGAAGAAGAAAUAAAGAAAAGAAAAAGUUAAAAGAAAAUUCAUCAAUUUCUGCAACUACUUCACUAUCAACUUCACCAUCAUCUUUAUUAGAUUCAACUAAUAAUCCACCAAAAUCUAAAAAAGAUGAAAAUGCUUCUGUCACUGAUACUUUUUCAUUCUUGAAAGAAAUUGGUUGGAUUAAUAAUGAACAAUCUGCUGAUUCUUUUAAACCAGUUUCACAACAAUUACAACAACAACCAGCAUCAUCAGCAACAGCAACAACAACAACAACAUCAACAUUAUCUCAACCACAACAACCAUCGCCACAAUUAAAUACAUCAACUCAAUCUAAUAAAUCUCAAAUACAAUCAAUACCUCAACAAAUUCAACAACAAACUCAAUCAUUAGCAUCAUCAUCAUCAUCAUCAACUACUAUAACUACAACAACUAGCGGCGUUGUUUCUAAAAAACAAUCUAAACAAACAUUACAACAACAACCAUCUCAACAACAACCAAUUCAACCAUCCCAACAACCACAACAACCACAACAACAACAACAACAAUUUGUCUCAUUUGAUUAUUCACAAGUUUCAACUAUACAGCAAACAAAUUCAAAUAAUCCAAAUCAACAACAAAACUUUUUCAAUACCGAUUUCCAAGGAACAAAGAAAAAAUCUUCUUCAACUGGAUCAGUGAAGGCUAAAUCCGGUACUUUCGUAUUGUAUGUAUUAAAAUUUUUAUUAUUAGUUAGUUAUUUUUAA